UAAAAGUUUUAUAUAGUAGCUUUAACAUCCUUUUUAACAUCUCGAACAUCGUGUGAAACGCGAGACAGUGCUGUGAAAGAAUACGAUGGGAAAUCCAAAAUGUUUGCAAAUUUGUUGCGGUAUUGCCGCCACGUGUGGGAUGGAGUCCGUGAGUGGCUCCACAAGCGAUAUGCCCAGCUCCCACACGCGUCCUCCUUCUGCGGAAGAGCUUCAACGCGGGGGAGCGCGGCAGCAAAUUGCUGUUGCCAACGUACAAGAAGGCCAUGCUCUAUCCGGACGAUCUGGCCAUUAGAGAUAAUGUGGGCGAGUUCACCUACUUCCAGCUGUUUAUGACGGCCAAGCGACUAUCCAUACAGAUCUCCAAUAUAUGCGGCAGCGGCGCUUCGUUGCCGGUCGGAUUUUUCUGUGCAAACGAUGCCAUGUGGAUUGUGAUGCUGUGGAGCUGCUGGAUGGACGGGCCGGCCAGGUAGCAGUGCCCCUGCGUACGAGCCCAAGCCUGGAGCUGUUGCGUCUCCAGGCAAUCGACUGUAAGGCAAAGCUGUUCCUUGGCACUCCCGAAAACGCGAGCAUUGUCGACGAACUGGCCCAGACCCUGAAGGCGGCCACCAUUGUACUGGACCAUGACUUUGUGCCUCCAGUGAAGGAAAUCUCCUCCACAUCGAUGUACGCCCAGCAGCUGGUGGUCAGCCGAGAGUCGGGCGUUCUGAUGCCAGAGGCCAUGCUGCCCAAUGACUUCUACGCGUCCACAUCCACGUCCACGUCCACGUCCAACGAGAGCCACAGCCCCAAGCCGGUGCUGCUCACCCACCGCAAUGUCGACGCCCAGAUCCGCUGCCUGAUCAACACCUGGCGCCUGGGGCCCAGCGACACCUUGCUGCCGGUCCUGCCGAUGGUGCACAUGCCCAGGAGGAGAUCUUCAUUCCCACCGGCGACAUAUGCGCCUACUACAACGACAACUUUUUCUUCAUUAGCAAGGCGGUCUCCAGGUCAACGCCUCGGAAGUGAAGAAGGUGCUCCUCUCGCAUGGCCAUCUCGCCCGACGUCCAGGUUGAGCUGGAGACCAUCGAGACAUUUUGCCAGGAACACUUGCCGCCCUACAAGUGUCCCCCAAGUCGUAAAGCUGCCCCACGCUAACUAGGGGCCACUCCUAAUGCUCUUAGCCUUCAUUCGAUUCCCAGCGUAGAUGUCUUUGGGAUUUUUUUGUUAAACUUUGAUCUGAAUAAAAUCAAGGCAUUAGAAAUU